CAAACAUCCACACCCAAAGCUUUUUAUUCAUUUUUUUCUCUCUUUUGGAAUGGUCUCUAAGAUCACUGAGAUACUGUUACCACCGCAGGGAUAACAUCAAAGCAGCAAGUUCCUCAGCAUCUCAAAGGUGAGGAGGGGUAAGGCUAAAGGCUAUGCCUGGACUACCAGAGAACAUCCCCCUUGGGGAGUGCACCCUACACUCCCAGUCCCAGGAGCAGCUCACUCCCCAGACAGAAAGCACCGUGUUCAGCCUGUCCCGCAGCGAGUCCCUCUGGACCAACGAGUCGGCCCGCAGCACAUGUGAGAUCUACUGGUUCCCAUUCCACCUCAUGUCCACCGGGGGCAGCAUCUUUGCCUGCGGCUUCAUCCUGAGUGGCCUGUAUUUUGCUGGCUACUGCAGGAAGGCCACCAACAUCCUGGGCCCGGCCUUGGUAUCCAUUGGCCUGAUGGUGCUGGUGGUGGGCGUGGUCCUGAUCCCCAUCACCAAGGAGAACAGGAAGCAGCCCACCAUGAAGAAGCCCUUCAGCUACUACAGGCAACCAGUCUUUAAAUUAUGAAGUGGGCCGGGGCGGGGUAUCCCUGUCUUGUAUGCUGUGAUCCUGGAGAGUCCUCAGGCUCAAAGUCUGGUUGUCAGACCAUUUAGUUUCCCAAAAGCACAAUGGAGGAUUUGAUACUUACAUUUACAUUUACAUUUAAGUCAUUUAGCAGACGCUCUUAUCCAGAGCGACUUACCCUGUUGAGCAUGGCUACACGUUCACAUGAUGCAUGUUUGCUCUAAAGACAAUUAACUUGUAGGGGAACAUGAACCAUUCUACUUUUUUCGACCACUACGGAUGUAUACAGUAUUUUAAUAUCUGCAUGACAAAGUAUACAUUAUAACCAAGUUACAGGUGGUUCUUUGGCAUUUGUUCUUAAGCAUUUGAAAGUACUAGAAAAUUACCAUGCUGCCAAAUAACACAAUUAUCAAUGUAGUCCACUGAUUUUAUGCAUAAUUGAGAAGAAAUGUGUGUGCAUGUACAUUGACGAGAGCAGGAUUGAGUAUUGACAGCAUGCCUUUGUGGUAGGCUACUGAUUCAUGAAUAAUUAAAUAAAUAACACAAGUGCUUAUUUUGGUUGGCCUAGUGGUUAGAG